UUCCUCUGCCUUGCAACCAUGGCUGUCUUCAGCUUUUCUUCAUCCUAUAAUCAAACCAAAAAGACCUUGUUUUUCAUAUUUACCAUCUUCACUUUGUUCUUUGUACUCUCUAACACUGCAGAGGCAGUUUUCUUCAACUUCUCUAGUUUCCAGCCAAACUUGUAUCAAAUUAACUUUCAAGGUGAUUCCUUUUUCUCAAAUGGUGUUCUGCAGCUCACAAAGAACCAACUUGAUGGCCCCAUCACAAGCAGUGUUGGUCGAGCCUCAUUUGAUCAACCAGUUAAGAUAUGGGAUAGAGGAACAAGAAAGCUCACAGAUUUCACCACCCAUUUCUCUUUUGUUAUGAAAGCUGUUAAUCCAAGUCAAUUUGGUGAUGGGUUAUCAUUCUUCAUGGCUCCAUUUCAAUCUGAUAUUCCACACAAUUCAUCUGGUGGGUUCCUUGGUCUAUUCAGCCAAGAAUCUGCAUUCAACACUAGCCAAAAUCAAAUAGUUGCAGUUGAGUUUGACAGUUUUAGGAAUGAUUGGGAUCCAAGCUCUGAUCAUGUCGGAAUAAAUGUUAAUUCCAUACAAUCGGUUGCGAAUGUGAGUUGGGUGAGUAACAUGAAGAACGGAUCAACGGGUAAUGCUUGGAUAUGGUAUAACUCUACCACCAAAAAUCUUUCUGUCUUCCUUACUUAUGCUAAUAAUCCAAUCUUUAAUGGCAGUUCUAGUCUUUGGUAUAUCAUUGAUUUGAGGGAUGUUUUGCCAGAAAUGGUUAGAAUUGGCUUUUCUGCUGCCACAGGUCAAUGGAUUGAAAUACACAAUAUACAAUCUUGGUCAUUCAGUUCAAAUUUGGACAACAGUAAUGGGAAAAACAUCAAGGUUGGUUUGGGAGUUGGUGUAAGUGUUGGUUUUGGUUCUUUAACUUGUGUUGUAGGUCUUCUAUGGUUUACCUUUUGGAGAAAAAGAAAAGGACCAAAUGGUGGAAUAGAGGACAAUACAGGUCUUGAUGCUUCUAUAGAUGAUGAAUUUGAGAGAGGAACUGGUCCAAAGAGGUUCACCUACAAGGAACUAAGCCAUGCAACCAACAACUUUGCAGAAGAUGGAAAGCUUGGAGAAGGAGGAUUUGGAGGUGUUUACAAAGGUUGUCUUGACAACCUCAACAACCUCGAAAUCGCGGUGAAGAGGGUUUCAAAAGGAUCAAAACAAGGAAAAAAGGAAUACAUAUCAGAAGUAAGAACUAUCAGCAGGCUGAGACAUAGAAAUUUGGUUCAACUCAUAGGGUGGUGCCAUGAACAAGGUGAUCUCAUUCUUGUUUAUGAGUAUAUGCCUAAUGGAAGCCUUGAUUCCCAUCUAUUUGGAAACAGAAUUAUGCUUACAUGGACAGUGAGGUACAAGGUAGCAUUAGGUUUGGCAUCUGCUCUUCUUUAUCUUCAUGAAGAGUGGGAACAAUGUGUGGUGCAUAGGGAUAUUAAGUCAAGUAAUGUCAUGUUGGAUGCAAAUUUCAAUGCCAAGCUUGGUGACUUUGGUCUUGCAAGGCUAGUAGACCAUGAACUUGGGUCUCAAACUACUGUUUUGGCAGGCACAAUGGGGUACCUAGCCCCAGAGUGUGUCACCACAGGGAAAUCAAGUAAAGAAUCUGAUGUUUACAGCUUUGGUGUAGUUGCCCUUGAAAUCACAUGUGGUAGAAGACCAGUUGAAGUAAAAGAAGAGCCUGGCAAAGUUAGGCUUGUAGAAUGGGUUUGGAACCUCUAUGGAAAAGGGAAAUUAACUGAAGCAGCUGAUGAAAGAUUAAACUUGGAAUUUGAUGAGAAGCAAAUGGAAUGUUUGAUGAUAGUUGGGUUGUGGUGUUGUCAUCCUGAUCAUACCAUGAGACCCUCCAUUAGGCAAGUGAUUAAUGUUCUAAGUUUUGAAGCUCCUCUCCCAAGUCUUCCAUCAAAGUUGCCAGUGCCAAUGUAUUAUGCACCUCCAAUGGAGAUGUGCAAAUUCUCCUACACCUCAUCUGGCCUCACAAGCACAACCAAAGGAUCUUCUACAUACUCAUCAAUGACAGCAGGGUCCAGAAAAUCGCUAUUAUAG